CGCGCGGCCAAAUGAUGGAUGAUGACUCGUUCCAUCGCGGUCCCCUCCCACCUCCCGCAGCCAUGCAGCUCGACUCCGGCUCCGGCUUGCGGGGCGCCUCGUUCCUGCUGGGCGUCGCCCUCGCCUGCUGCUGCUGCUGCCGCUGCUGCAGCUGCUCGGCCGUGCCGGGCGUCGUGGCGGGCGCCCUGCAGCAGCAGCAGCAGGGCGCGGCGACCCGCACACUGCGCCUCGACUCGUUCGUGGGCUGCGCCGUGCGGGAGUUCACGUUCGUGGCGCGCAAACCCGGCUGCCGCGGCGUGCGCGUCACCACGGACGCGUGCUGGGGACGCUGCCAGACAUGGGAGAAGCCCACGCUGGAGCCCCCGCACGUGGAGGCGCACCACCGCGUGUGCUCCUACAACGAGACGCGCGCGGGCAGCGUGCGCCUCCCGGGCUGCGCGCCCCACGUGGACCCCGUGUUCAGCUUCCCCGUGGCGCUCAGCUGCGUCUGCAAGAUGUGCUCCACGGACGACACCGAGUGCGAGACCUACUGACGCUGCCGCUGCCGUUGGCGCCGCGGUGGCGAGCCACUGCUGAACGAGGGCCCUCUCCGGCGCCGUGCGUCUCUACUCGUCACGGGGGGUUGCCCGUGACGGCGGCCAGACGUGGGAGCGUAGAAUCGCAGUACAACAAUGGAUGUUGUUGUCGUUGUUGUUGCUGCACUGACCUUUUGCUGCCGACAACAUAGCCCCGUGGUCGUCCGUGACUACCGUGUGUUGCGCACGGUGGACACCCAUCCAAGUAUCACCCCGGCUCAACCCCUGCUUAGCAUCCGAGAUCUGACGAGAUCGGACGCAUUACGGGUGAGCUGGUCACGGGCCAAAGCCCUUGGUGGACCCAUGGGAGCCUCAUUUUGUCUCAAGACUCUUUAUCGGGAUGGUCCUGCUACAUUGGAUGUUUGGUCAAUUCCGUACUUAACGAGAGUUCGGCAUCGCGUGGCGAGGACAACUUUCUAUAUAGGGCCGCACAGAUGCAUUCUAGAACGUAUCGCUAUACAGCCAUCUCCAGGUUGCCUCGCAGGCCAAACCUGCAACGCCUGCUACUCCCAGGUGUUUUCCCAUCCCAGGACGAAUCGGGCUCACCACGCGAGAUCUCGCGAGGUCGGGGCGCACGAAGAGCGAUCUGGUCGCGCAGAGGAGCUGGAACUGACACGGGAAGGGGGGGGAGCGGCGGCGAGGGGCCACGUGGACCGAAGAAGCGCGCGUGGGAAUCUUUGAGCCGAAACGCCGCGACGUGCUGCUGUGCUAGACGGGAGAUGGUUUCAGAGGGACGGGAGAGAGAGAGAGAGCGAGAGCGAUGGGAGAGCGCGCGACACGGGAUGCGAGGGCGAUGAGCGAGACAGCGAGGAUGUAAAUUAUUGGCGACGCGUUAAUGAGAGGAGCCACUCUCGAUCACCCCCCCGCCCUCUCCCCUACGGCGCCUCCUUCUCCACAAACACUCCCCCCCACCCCCAUCCAUCCAUCGGGGGGUACGGGACUGAACGAGCGAAGAUGCUCGAAGCCAGGCAGGCGGCAAGGUGAGGUCACCCGAGAUCAGGCGGUCAGGGUCAAGGUCAACCGGUCACGGUCACCUGCCCAAGGUUGACACCUGGGACCAAAACGGAUUCCCUUGUUGUUUUGAAGUUACAUAAAUGAAUUAGCAAUAAUAAUUAUAAUAAAAUACCGCCCUUUGUCCAUCCACUGCUGAGUGAAGGCCUACCGCACGUCGUCUCGAUCGCAGAGGUUGUUUGACCAUACUUCACCCGCGCUGGUCAGUGCGGGUUUCACGAAUGGAGGGGGCCCAGGACAGGUACGGAUAAAUCAGUUCGACGCUGCUACUGUCCCCGUAGCCGGAAACCAAACGCGGUGUGACGGAUUUGCAGCGCAGCGCGCUCACCUCCGCGCCUCCACUCCACAACGAGAGGGCUUCAGGAGAGAGAGUUAGUGUCGUCUUGCUGUUCCUCGUCCGUUGAAAGAGCGCAGACGACAGUGGCUUACUGCACGGUCUCUGUCUAGCUCUAUGAGUCGCUGUGUGUCUCUGUAGGAUUACUGUAUGGCUCACAGUUGGGGCAGCAUGGACAAAGUCGCACUGCCGUGGCUUGUGCCCUUUAAUUUCCCUUUGAUGAAUGAGAUGUGCGUAUCGGCCCGGCGAUGUUCUCAUGCGGUUGAUGGUUAUACACCCUCAGCGUCUUCGAUGAGGUGGAGGAGUGUGCAAGCCUGGAGGAGGAGCGAUAUUUUCUAAAAAUAAGUUAAGCAAAUGACUUCACUCGUCAUCCUUGCAGGAAUGAAAUUGUCCUGUUCUCGCGAUCGCUGCGUGCUCAACACAUUCGUCUAAACGAGAGUUUAUAUUAAAACAAAACAAAGACGCGCAACAAUCUUGCGCCGCGUCUGCGUUUCGUGUGCCUUUAAACGUGGCGUCGAUAUUUUGUUUCUUCUUCAACCCGAUGUGUUGACAAAGCCAACGAAACUUUCGCUCGAAUGCAUUCUCGGUGACGCCGGGGAUCGCUCACUUCGCCGUGGAACUCGGUGACCUCAGUUCGAUUCCCGUCCCCCAGGACCGGUUCAACAAACACAAAUAGGGACGUAUCAAGUCUGAAUAAUCGUGAAUAGCCCAUUGAGUCUCUCUCGCCCCCCUAUUGGGUCUGCAUUUCCCUUGUCUCAUCUCACCACGUAUCUUGUCUAGUCUGCAUCUGUUGUCUAAACUGUAGCUCUCGCAUCUCACCAGCGCUGUUCCAUCUGCAUCUCGCUUCUAUCAGCUCACGACAUCUCCACAUCUUUGUCUUGACAAUUAAGCAAAUUAGUUGGCGCUUUUGCGUUGGCAGUGGUGCACAAGCACAUUGGGCGACGUUUCGGGCAACGGCCCUUGGUCCUUGUACACAUAUCUUGUCAAUAUCUCUUCUCACACCUCACUCGGAGUUUUUGGGCGGUACAGCACCCCAGCGACUCCCCCCUUACCCCCCCCCCCCCCACUUCUGCCUCACCCCCCUCCCUCACCCCCCUCCCUCACCCCCCCCUCACCCCCACUGCUGAACAGCACUGAAACAGCUGCACGUGACCGUGCCCCUGUAGGCUAAUGAUCCUCGCCUUGUAUUAAAUUGUGAUAUACUGUACGUAGCAUAUAUUAUAUACUGUAUGGAGACUAUAUUAACCCGGCUCUUUUUGUGAAAGUGAGCCCACGCCUGUUUGUACAUUUGCUGUUGUUGUUGUUUUAAAUAAAGGAGUAAGACCAAGAUCCCACGCAUAGCCGACACAGACUGUUGGAGGAAUUGCUGUUAGCGAGCGCCGAAUUCAUGUCGGCACAACACACGAAGGGGUGGGUGGGCCAGCACCACGCCUGGCCGCCUUUGUCUCCCCGGUGCCCAUGUCCACACACCGCACCAGGCACUCGUUUAAAGCUGAGUUGACCUUGGCGGAUGGCCUACGACCGGUUCAGAUAUUUCUCACCGACGUUGGCUGUGAGCGAGAAUCGAGGUCGGGUCGCCGGGUUCGUAGCUCAGUGCGCUAACCACUGCGCCACCGCUCUAAAGGAGCGAACACAACGCCGCUUGGGGCGAGUACGGGCGCGGCUAAGAUUGCCAGAGAGCGGUGGUGCAGCGGUUAGCGCACUGCACGGCCAAAUCAUUAAUGAGUGUGUACUUCAAAUGUGUGAUUUACUGUAUGUGCGAGGGGGAAACACUUUAUCCCGUACAGAUUGAACAAGUGGAGUCCACAUUUUUAUGUACCGUAAACCGCUUUCUCAUCGCGGGCCACUGGAUGGGAGUUUCAC